CGCGUUGCAGGCGUGAGUGAGCCCAUGGAAAGUCAUCUUGCUGACGCUGGCACAGAGAGUCCAAACCAAGCCAGAUGCAUCGCCGGCGACCAUUCACACCCUGGAUCUUCGCUUUCUUGAGUCGCGGGACAUCUCGCCCAUCAUGGCCACCUUGCCGCAGACAUUGAGAAAGCUGUGCCUCUCGAGUGCCACGAUGUCGACCUUCCCGACGCUACCAAAGCUCGAGAAGCUCGACCUGUGGACAGUAGCCUUGACGAGCGACGCUUUUGCAAGUUUGUCGGCGCAGCUCGCAGCUUCAGACUCGCUCGUCCGGCUCAAACUCGCAGAGGCAAACUUACCCAAGGACCAGCUUGAGACGAUCCUGUACACGCUGCCACGUGUCCUAAGUCGCCAGAAACAAGUGUGCUGCGUGCACCUUUCCGUUUCGAUCGAGACCGAGAUGCUCGUGACCGCCGUACUGUUCCUCACGCGAAACACACGGUAUGUGUGGCUGGACCUAACGGCCGACGACUCGCUCGACCUGGCAAUGUCCCAGCGCCUCCUGGCAGCCCUUGAAGAGCUGGAGACAUAUGCUGCGUUACACGGUAUCGAGUACUUUGGCGAGUGGUUCCACUCGCCACGCCGCACGCCGUGGCUGGCGCCAGCGUAG